AUGGACAGCUCCGGUAAGCGAGGCCGCUAUGGACCCGUGGAAUUUGAGGGAAAAUCCUUUGAGCCGAUCUCCCAUAUCCUGGCGGCCGGACACUCAGAGUCGAAGUCAACCACGACUUGCGAAAUUUCUCCCAUAUCUCCGAUUUUCCUCGAUGUCAAAACUUCAAGGGGUCCAUCAACUUCUAGAGAGCAGUUGAUAAGCCAAGCAAGCACAGAUUCCAUCGACGCAACCUGGCUCCCAUAUACCCUGCGAGCGUACUUCGUCUGGGUACCCACGACUGUUUCGGUGGUGCUUGGGUUUGUUGUUUUGCUCCUCCAAUGGUAUUCCGACAAGAAUCAUGGUCUCAGUCCUGAAACUUCAGCCAUAUUCGGGUGGAAAUUCGCCCCCACUCUUGUUGCUGUUCUCUACACGCAGUUGACAGCGAUGCUUUUCGACGAUAUCAGGCGCACUGAGCCCUUUGCGCGGCUAGCGAGGCCCAGUGACAGCAUACCCAAGGCUUCAAGAACGAUUCUGGAGACGCCAAGAGAAUGGUGGACCACGCUCGCUCAUGGCUUUGACAAGCAAAAGAAUGGCGGUAGACGGAGCUGGGUCAUUAUUUUGGCUUAUGCUGUUAAUGUCCUGGCAUUUCUCACGAUCUCUCCUAUAUCAUCAGCACUUCUCGGAAUCGACGAAGUGAGUGUGCCGAGAUCGGUCGAGAUGAUCCGACUCGUUGCGGCGAAGGACUCUCCCAUGUCGCCAUUCGCAGAGCGGGACACCUACUUUCGGGCAACAGGCGCGCUGCUGCAAAAUGUGUCGACCUCACCUUGGCUCUCCGAUGACUACGCGAUCCUUCCUUUUUGGCCCACUGGGAGUGCCCCAAGUCCUUGGGACCGCCAAUCAGCGCCGAUGCCCCAAACUUGGGAAGCUGAGACGACAGUAUUCCGAAACAACUUCAAGUGUUCGCAACUGGACUUGGCAGCGACUGGCUUUGCGCCUACUGGUCACCAGUCCUUUCUAUCCGUGGACGAAUUCCUGGCCUCCAUCCGGUUAGAGUCUACCGAGGGUUGCCAAUAUAAUCUGACCUUCAAAUCCAGUGAUAUUUACUCUUGGUAUGUAGUCGUUUCUUGGUCGGAUAUUGACCACUUCGCGAGUAGGAGUGGUUUCUACGGCGACGUGCCAUACUCUGGCUUCCAAGUCACGCAUAAUGAGAAAUGCGGCGAUGAAGCUAUCAUCCUUAGUACGGCCUGGUUGAAGAACGCGACGGGUGGAUUCUUGUCUAACCUUACGGUCACUGGUUAUGCUUGCUCAUCCGACCAUACCAUGGCCACCAUACCUGUUGAGGCGGCUGUCUCCAGUGCCGGCUUCACUGUUAACUUCGACACCGAGCGGUUCCUCCAAGCGAAGCAGGUGGUUCCCGAAACGCUGUUUAAUCACUCUCAGCUCCUGCAACUAUACACCGAUCCUGAAUUGUUCACAUACAUACCAACGCCAGCCUCCUUCGAGCCUUACCUCUCUCCAUACGAUUAUGGUGGAGUGGCCGCUCUCCUAGCCACGCAAUACGGCUUCAAUUUGACCGAGAUGCAACUUGACGCUAGUCUUCCCGAGAAGGCCGCGAGGAUAAGAAAACGAUUCUUCGGCGAGAUCUUGAGGACCUCGCUUAGCGCUGCAGGGGCGUCAGACUAUGAGAGCGUGUUGGGAACGAAAACAGCGCUCGAGAGCCGAGUAUUCGUGAGUUUCCAAGCGGCCUAUGUCCUUGCGGCGCUCUUCUUCAUAUCAUUCUUCAUGCUGCUGUUUGUCACGUGGACAUCUCGCAUACGGAAACGUCCGCUGAAUCUCGCCCACGACCCAGCCACUGUCCUCGGGACUGCGGCGGUCGUCGCAUCCAAUAAUGAGGUUCUGUCUCCUUUGGAGGAGCUCCAUGAGACGUUCAAGAGUGAGAUUACAUUAGCGCUGGAAGAUAGACAGUACGCAACGUCGCCCGGCCGCCUUCAUGAGAUUUGUGAACCCGGCCAGACCUGGCUUCUAGACUUGAAACUCAGCAGCACGGCUCCAGAUCCGCAAAGAACACCUUUCAUGUUGAAGCUUCGAACCCUUUUGGGUCUCGCGGCAUAUCUCGUCAUUCUUCUGGCUACCAUCGUGGUCAUACGCACAUUCGCAAACAAAUCGAGCCUGCACCAGGCUUUGUUCACUUAUCGAGUUGAACUCGAGGCGCUGGGCCAGCUGGGAGAUUUUGCACCCUUCUCCAUCAUCCCCACUGUUUUGGCCGCAGCCGUGGGUUUCUGGUGGGACGGACUGGACAAGACGUUCCGGUCUUUGCAGCCCUAUGCAUCUAUGUCAAAAUCUCCAACAGCAACUCGUUCUGGGCCUGGGCUUUCUUAUCAGUCUUCGUAUUGGUUAUGGGCGACCGUCAAAGCGGCAAUCAAUAGGCAUUGGCUGUUGUCUCUAGUAACAUUUGGAAGUCUGGUAUCGCAAGCGCUUAUCAUUUCGAUGUCUGCUCUAUUCGAGCAAGGCAUGGGGGUCGUCAGCAAGCCGGUCGAUGUUCAGAGAACGCUUGAGCUUCGCCAGACACCUUAUCUUCGACAAGUACUCACCACGUAUCCCCCAGAUUUUGACGAGUGGGUCAUCGCUAAUGGUGUGCCAUACGUCGGAGACACCCUGCAGGACCUUUUCACAAACCUCUCUACAAACUGGAUGUACUCUGCCGUUAUCCAAACCACAAUGAACGGAUCUGACCCAUCGUGGAGCAAGGACGGCUGGAGUUUUGUUCCAGUCGACUUAUCGCACCUCACAAAUAACACUCAAUUAGAUACGGGCGCCGGAGCAGUCUACUAUCCUACCAUUAACGUUACCCUUACAACCCCCGCGAUACGUGGUCGGUUAGAAUGCAGUCCAGUGGACACCCGCAAUAGCAGUCUCUGGUCAAGCCAGGGGAACUACAACGAUAUUGUGCCUGGACAUGCCUCCGAAUUCACCGUGCUCGCGCCAGAUAUGUGGUCAGAAAGUGACCACUAUACCGGUUUCGCGCCAGACGGAAACGAUCUGGCUUGUUGCUCCAACCAAACCGACGCCGUCCCAGCCGAAGAUUACGCGGCCCCGAUCGCUGCGGGCUAUUGGAGUGGAAACUUUAUGCAGGAGCCAAUGAUCUACUCGAUAGCUGGUACGAAUGGGAACUUCACGGCCAAAUGGGCAUACGGCAAGGGGGGUGCCAUCGGUCUUUCGCAUAUGCCCCUGGUGUUUUCUCAAACGCCACAGCUACAAGCUCUGAAUUGCAUGCCCAUCAUCGAGACAUCGGACGCUGAGGUUACAAUUGAUAAGCAGUCAGGGAGCAUCCUCGGGUAUUGCAUACUGAAAGAUGCAGUCCCCGACGAUGCGGCUUGGUCCGAUGUGUUUGUAGUUCGAAAUCUGACUGACCCUGAGGGCCCGCGGUACGAGUAUCGUGUUGCUGUUGCGGAUGCAGCAUGGCAAAAUUUAACGGCCAGUUACGGCGUUCUCUUCCUAAAUUCCCUCCUGCGGGCCUCGCGUCUCGGCUCGCUAUCACAGACCAUCAUAUGGCCCUCACGAAGUACGGUAGAAGAUCUAGAAGAGAAUGCAUUCAACAUCCGGAAUAAUGAAACGGGCUUGAAUCUCGACUUUAUGUCCUACGCCUCCUACGUUCAGGUCGGAAGGGACGCAAGCGCAUUACUUGAUCGGGACGCGCUCCUCCAACACACGCAGAAAGUCUUCACGACUUUCUUUCAACAUUACGUAUCGCAAAGCGUCUCGCUAGAGACGGGCGGCUGGGCUUACCAGCCUAUUGGCGCGAGCUUGAAAGAUGUUGGUUCCCCUGUCAACGGCACAAUACAGGAGUAUGCUCCUGGCGGAAAACCGGUCGUUAGGAUUUCAGACCUACCGCCACGGAACACGCAGCGCACUACUCAGGCCUCCUCGUCCACGCGUACCAAGGUUCUCCACAUGGACACGGUCUCCUUUUGGGUCAGCAUUUGCCUCUUGGCCUGGCUCACGGUCACAACAGCCAUUGUGGCGGCGCUGCAGAGGUGGUACUUUGGCGACUUGCGGCGGAAUGUGAACUCACUCGCUGAUGUUUUGGUACUGAUUGCUGGUAGCGAGAAGCUGUUGAAGAUGGUAAGGGAGAGAGGAAUCGAAGAGUUAAUGAACGAUGAUAAGAUGAAGACUAAACUGGGAUGGUUUAGGUCCCGGGACGGAGCAAUGAGGUGGGGUAUUGAGAUUGUUGAAGAUGAGGAGAUCGAGAUGAAGCACAUGUCUUCUCCCUGA